AUGUAUGGUCUCCGCAAAACACGAAAAGGUUUCAUUGUGGAGGCCGUAAAGGAGUACAGUAAACGCUUCGACGACCUGACAGAUAUCUCUAUACCAUGCAAUGCCGAAGUUGAAAGAAAUCCGUUCGACUCCGGGUUGAAUCUCGCACGACUGACCGGCCCCGCUCCAAAAACUAUUCACACCGGAGACGCAGCCGCCACCCUUCGCUUCCUCGAGAAGAAACAGAAGUCAGAGAGUCGUUUCGAAAGAGCUAGCCGAGGCGUCUUACGUCACUACCUGCUACGAUAUCAGGCCGAUCCGCUCAAAUACACCUAUGCAAAACUCGUAAUCAUUUCUCACAAGGACAGGAAAGGGAAGCACCAGCUGGGACAACGUCAUGCGGCCACACAAGCCGUAACCGCCCGUUCUCCUACCGCCCCAGCCAGAUUGUCCAACAUUACAUACAGGAACAUCCAACAUCGCGUCGGUCGUACCCUCACACCCUCUCCCUCUACGUCCACAUUUCGACAGACUCGGGUUCCGCGACUCGCGCAACAGAGCACUACUGCGGAAGACGCCACAGUCCAGACCGUCGUCGAAAACACGAUAUUCGGGAUCCACACAUCUGCGCUCAAAAAGGUCUCCAAGCAUUUUGUCGUGAUGUUUACGGGACCUUGGCGCGAGUCGCAGGGGUCUCUGAAUAUAUCUUUGACCGCAGUAUGCGUUCUCUUGUCCCACUCAACCUGCAAUCUCUGA